UGCUGACCAAGCGCGAGUUCAACUUCCCAAUACCCCUUUCUCUUCCAUUCUCCAGUGGCAGGCUCUUGCUGGGGUUUACAGUUGUCCAUGGGGGUGGGAUAUCUUUUAGGUUCUAAUAAAACUGUCCUGUGCUUCCCUUUGAGUCCAUUCUUAAUUUAUUUUAUGAAUGAGGCUAAGAACCCCAAAGGAAAGCUGGAUUUCCCCUGUAUUGUUCUCCCGCAGUGUCCACGGUGGAGGACAACCCGCUGGCCUCCGCCCACCUCAGCGGCCUGAGUCCACGCACACUCCGUGCUGUCCGGAUCCGCUUUCUUAAAACAUCAUCAGGGUGCAGAGGCCUGGGCGAACAUCUCCAAAGUCUGGAACUCAGCGAGCCCCAGUCCAACCCCAACUCACCCCCAAACAAAGAGCGUCUAGGAGUCUCAGGAGGGGAGGGGCGAGUCUUAUUGUGCGUGACGCAGGAAUCUGAGAGCCCACGCUGACCGGAGGGGCGGGGCGCAGGCGUCAUCCGCGCCGGAGUUUGACGUAAGAGGGCGGGGCGCGCCGGGGAGCCAGAAGAAACAGAUUCCAGGGGCGGCGGGGGGCCGGCUGUGCAAUGGACCGCUACGCGGCCGCCGGGGAUGAGGCGGCCGACCGGGCCCGGCAGCAGGAGCGGCACUACCAGCUGCUGUCAGCGCUGCAGAGCCUGGUCAAGGAGCUGCCCAGCUCCUUUCAGCAGCGCCUGUCCUACACAACGCUCAGCGACUUGGCUCUGGCGCUGCUCGACGGCACCGUGUUCGAGAUCGUGCAGGGGCUUCUGGAGAUCCAGCAUCUCACCGAGAAGAGCCUGUACAACCAGCGACUGCGGCUGCAGAACGAACACCGAGUGCUCAGGCAGGCCCUAAGGCAGAAGCAUCUGGAAGCCCAGCAGACCUGCCGGCCCCACAACUUGCCAGUGCUCCAGGCAGCCCAGCAGCGUGAGUUGGAGGCCAUGGAGCAUCGAAUCCGUGAGGAGCAGCAGACAAUGGACCGUAAGAUUGUCCUGGAACUGGACCGGAAGGUUGCCGACCAGCAGAGCACACUGGAGAAGGCAGGAGUAGCUGGUUUCUACGUGACCACGAAUCCUCAGGAGCUGACGCUGCAGAUGAACCUAUUGGAACUCAUCAGGAAGCUGCAGCAGAGGGGCUGCCAAGUAGGAAAGGCAGCCCUGUGACCAAGUGAGGGGCGAGAGUCCCUGCUGUCCUUCAUUGCCUAGAAUGGCUGGCGGAUGCCUAGUUACUGGUGCCGGAACGCUUCAGGGAGCAACUGGCUGCCCAGCUGCCACCAGGUGUGAUCUUUGCUAGGAGACGCUGAUGAGACAGAGACUGCACCUGCUGCCAUCCUCCGUUCAGGUGUGGGGAGGGGUCCAAGCAACAGGAAUGGCAUCUUGUGAAGGCUCCAUGACUGAGGGUUGAGUGGGACUGUCGGUUCUAGCACCUUCCCUUUGGGUAUACCCACAUUCCCUCCAGGCUUGGUUUUGCCUUGUUCUGGUGUGGCCUAGGAAAAUAAAGACCCCAGCACAUGGUUUGUGUCCAUGCUAGCUAGGAUCCUUUCCUAGUGGCUCUGGCCAUGGUGGAGCCAGCAAAAUGGCAGCCACCAUAUGGCAGUGGUUUUCUGGGAUACCCACCCAAGCCCUUACGUCUUUCAUUGUCAUUUUUGCCUAACCAGGUCACCCCAGUUAAGGCACAAGAACUCACCUCCAAACUGCUGUGUGAAACUAGAGAGUUUAACAGGGGACGGGGGACCUGCCAGAGCCAGCUAGGGCUUGACUUACUGGAAUGAGGGGCACAGAGGGGCAGGAAGGGUUGGAGGGAGCUGGGCCUCGGCAUCUGUGUGCUGCCUGCACUCAUCCACACCCAUGGGUCGGGAUGUGGAAUGCAAGCGGCUGGGUGUC